CUUUGUCUAUGACCAAAUAGUGAUGCCUAAGUUGAGACAGCAUUUCGUCUUCAUUCUUGAACUCGGGAAGACCUUGAUGUGAUUGAUGAAAUCCUCUCUUCACCGCCACCUUUGUGUUAUCCUUCAAAACUACCUUAUAAACCCAAGAGUUGUUACAUCCAAUUACUAAGCACAUCAGUGAAGGGCUAAUGAAAGCAACAGGGGCUUUUUGAUUGACAUCUACAGAAAAGUGGGCAGAAGAAUGUAAUUGCUACUAUUGAUCAAAAAUAGUAACAAAAUUGAUAUUAAAAUUGAGUUGGGCUCGUCUUGUCAACAUAUCUUGGUUGAUAAGAGAUGUCAGGAAUAUAUACAAAAUAAAAGAGAGAUUUAUAUUAGUAAAUUAUUAUUUGCUCCAUGAGUGGCCACAGAGAACAAUAUCAACCAACAUGGCCAUGGCCACCACCCUUUGCUGUGGUCUUUUAUUUUAUUCCUUCCCACCACCCCAGGCGUUGUCGCACAAAAAGAGAAAAGAGAACUGAAGUCUCUUAUGGUAGUCAAAUUAGAAUUACUUUGUCUGUAUUGUUUUUGAAUAACUCGGAUUACCAAUGGAAAGCAAGAAUAGUGGAGAAGGAAAGGCAAUGUGUAACAGGGGCAUCUGGUUUCAUAGCUUCAUGGCUAGUCAAGUUGUUGCUACACCGUCAACGCCACUGUUCGUAAUCUCAGUCAGUUCUUUUUCUCUCCUUCAUCUUUAAAAUAUUAUAUUAAAGUCACUGCUCUUGUAUGUUAUUAAUUUGAUAACAAUUAUGUGAAAUUAGCUCUCACAAAUGACAAGUACAUUCUAUUCUUGUUUAAGUUAAACUGAAAUGGCGGUUUCACAUACAUUUGAUAUUCAUAACAGAACAGAAAUUCUGCAAUAAUUUUAUGUGAUCAUGUGCUUAGCUGUUUCUAUUUAUCCUUCGUAUGUAUAAGAGUGUUUCUAAAAUGUUAGUUAAGCACACAGAGGAUACAAGUAAAGUGCAUCACUUGCUAAGACUUGGUGGAGCUAAUGAGAGGCUGCAUCUAUUCGAAGCAGAGUUACUUGAAGAGCAAUCAUUUGAUCCUGCUGUUGAUGGUUGUGAAGGUGUCUUUCAUACAGCUUCACCUGUUUUUCUCACAGGAAAAUCUAAGGAGGAACUUGUGGAUCCUGCUGUGAAAGGAACGUUAAAUGUCCUUCGGUCAUGUGCCAAAUCACCAUCUGUCAGAAGAGUGGUGAUAACUUCUUCUACUGCUUCUGUUAUAUGCACUAAAAAUAUGUCAACCCCUGGAGUUGUGGCUGAUGAGACUUGGUAUUCAGAUCCUGAAUUCUGCGAGCAAAGAAAGGACUGGUAUCGACUCUCCAAAACCCUGGCUGAGCAGGCUGCUUGGAAAUUUGCAAAGGAGAAUGGGAUUGACUUGGUAACACUCCAUCCAGGUCUAGUCAUUGGUCCACUUCUGCAGCCUACGCUCAAUUUCUCUUGUGAGGCAAUAGUGAAAGUCAUAAAAGAAGGUAAGUUUGUGCAGUGACAUAAGACACCUUGAGAUAUUCUUACCUCCUUCUCUCCCAACCCCGCCCCACCAAUUCCUUCUUCUCUAAUUUGCUUAUACAACACCUUUGAUGAAAAUAUUUAUGUAUAGAAUACAUAUUAGGAACAUGUGUUCUCUUGUCUGUGUUUGACUAGCUUGAAAUGAUCUUGGAAUUUAAUGAUCAUUUAACUGGAACAAAAAUCAGAUAUUUGGGAAUGAAAUGGUGAGUUUGGUAAAUGCUGCUAAGUCCCUUCUUAUACUUCUAAGGCAGUCUAUAGCCUACCGCCCCAACCUUCUUAAGAAUUCAAACCGGCCAAAUAUACUUCCAGUUCAACUUGCACUCUUUAACAAAACUCAACACACCCUUCAUGGAUGAAACUUUAAGGAGAAACAAUUCACCUUCCUUGUCUUGGAAAAUAUUAGUCGGUAAAUGGAUGGUCAAGCUGAGGCAAUAUUUUAAGUAAGUUGGUGCAGAACUCCAAUGAUGUGGACUUAGUGUAAAUAUUUUUUGGCCUUUACUCUAAUUUGAAGCAUGCAUAAGGCAUACAUGGAACUUAAUCUUAACUCCUCUGAUAAAGUUCACUCAAAAUUAGGGGGUAAUUGUUACAUAGAGUCUUUACCAACA